CUCCCCCUUUCUCUCUCUCUCUUUCUCUAUACAUAUAUCUCUCUCUCUCCCUCUUCCUUCCCCUCUCGCGCACGCGCGCCCGCGAGUUAUCGCGGGUCUCGCGACUUCUCGAGGAACGGUCCGAUUGUCGUACAGGCCGCGCGACGGCGUGAUAAGACCGCAGCAGUCGGUCGUGCGCGCCGGAGUCGGCGAUUGGCACGCGCGCGAUGCGCUACACGUCGGUCAUUAUCGUGCAUGAGGAGGCGAGUACCACCGCCCGGCCGUGCCCCGCCGGUCCUUUAAACGCGGCCGGCGUCGUUUGAGAACGGGAACUCCUCCCCCGUUUCAUUGCAUCCCCCUACGUGCGUCGCGGGCUCUCUCUCUCUCUCUCGAUCGCGGUGGUGGCCGCCUGUAAUCGCGAUGUUGCGUGCAAUCGUAUGAGAGAGAGAGAUAUAUAUAUAUAUAUUUAUCACGCCAGACAGGGGACAACUUGUGUUUCACGGAGCGAGAGAGGCAGAAACGAGGAUACCACGUGAAGGAGGUCUAAAUGUGUUCGAUAGCGAUGCCGGCCGAAUUGAUGCUGCACAGCCCUCCGGUGUACAGCCCCCUGCUGUACGGCCCCUUGGUGGUCACGGCACCCACGAUCACGAGCCGAUCGGUGCCGCCCAGAAUCAGGCCGUGCCUCUCUUCAGGGUCCUUGUCUCUGGACUCGCUGCGGAACAACGAUGGCAAGCAGAAGAAACGGGUGGUAUUCGCCGAUGAUCGCGGCCGCCCCCUCACACAGGUACGCGUGAUGUCGGAACCGAGCAACGUGCCACCGCUGUGGAGCACUGCGUACGUGGCCGGCUUGACCGGAGGUCUGUUCAGCCUGUCGAAGGCUCAAAAUCAGAAAACUGCGCAGAACAGCACGCCAUUGUGGCAAGUGACCUUUCCGCAGCCGGCAAGCGACUAUCUCGCCUUCCGGCGUAAGCUCGAUCAGGGCAACGUCAGCCUGGAGAACGUGAUCGUGCGCGAAUCCGAGCAGUGCCUGGUGGGCACGGUGAAGGUGCGAAACCUUGCCUACGACAAGGAGGUCGUGGUGAGGGCCAGCAGCGACGGCUGGUCCACUCACGAGGACGUGCACUGCACGUACGUGGCGCAACCGGGAUCGCCGGGUCCCCUCAUCUUGUACGACACCUUCCGCUUCCGGCUCACCUUGCCGGUGGCAUCGAACGUCAUCGAAUUCUGCGUGAGGUACCGCACCGAAGGCAAGGAGUCGUGGGACAACAACGAGGGGAAAAACUAUGUGAUUCGCAAGAAGCAGGAGCCCCGAGUGCCGGCCACGCGAUACGACACCAGCCAGACGACGAAAUGUGACGGCCUCGCCGGCGACAGCGAGACGAGGGAUGGCAUACCACAGAUCGCGGAAGCCACCAGGUUGAACAUGCGUACCUGGAGCGAGUUCGCGUCCUGGCAGCACCUGGCCAACGACGCGCCCUACUGGUGAAUCGACCGGCUAGGAGGUCACACGUCCCCUCGUCACGAAAUCAUGUACGAAGCUGUACAAACCUCUCCAGUUUUCUCACCUCGGCGACUUCGCCGAGACGUAGAUCACGCGGGUCCACGAGACGCCGGGCGUCUCUCGCGAGGCACGUGACUCGUCGGGGACGUGGAAGCGGGGAGGAAUAAACGCGAGGACGUGAGGAGAGAAGCUGUGCGACGAUCCGAAUUGAGAACGAGGAAACAAGAGCGCGCGUGCGGGAGAAAAAACGAUUGGAGGGUGAUAGCGCGGGCGGCGGAGCCGGACAACGUCGAGCGUCGGAUAACGCAAUCUGCACGGUCCCAGCAUCCGCGACAUCGUACAACCGGUUCGUCGAGACCAUCCAACGCCCUGCCUCCAGUUGCAACGCCAGUAGCCACGCUCACCAACGCGGACAUCAUCGUCGCACGUUAUCUUCUCGAACGUCCCCUUCUUUCUCCUCCGCUUCCUCAUUCCUGGGAUUUUCGGCCCGCCUGCGGACAGGAGUCCGCCGGGAUUGAGCUUCCAUCCUCGAGUCGAUCCAAAUCUCGCUGGUCUCGUCAUAUCGGCCAAUAUUAUAGUUCUGUAAGCUUUCUCUCCAUUUCUUCCUUUGUUGCUUCCUCUUUCUCUUUUUCUCUCUCUCUCUUUCUCUCUCUUUCUCUUCCAUUUCUUCUUCUCCGACACUCUUAACACCUCCAUGCGGAACACAAAUCGUCGACCGAACGUGUCAAUUAUUUUUUACGAGCAUAUAACGGAAGAUGGGAGACGCGCCUAGGUCUCGCGGCGGCCUCACAAUCAGUGUGGCUAAUAGUCGCGAGAUUAUUGCGUGAAAUUGCAUCGCAAUGUGCCUUAGGGUGCCUUAAGGAAUUAUAAAGAUUCGUCUGGUAGUGCCUAGUACAUAUCUCGCAGCGCGGGUACAUCUCAGGUAUCCAGGAAACGCAAGACGUUUCUUUUUUAUAAAAGCCUACACGUUCUUCCUACUGUUGCGUUAUUUGAACAAUGUGGCAUCGUCGUUGAAAAGUUAUGCCAUUAACUAACAACUGCGAGAAACGUGUACGGUAAGAAGCCCGGGUACCGUUCGCAGUCGAUGUGAAUAAUGUUACAGCGGGAAACGACGAAAUGAUAAAUGUUAACGGCAGAUUCGUCUUCUGGCCGGUGCUAUAUGCCGUUUCCUCCACAGUUCCUCCUUCGGCGCGUAUCGUUUCGCGAUUAGAGGGUAAAUCGUAGCUUCGCACGAAAUUUCGGCGGCCACUACCGCGUUGUUAGAACAUCCGAAUCGAGGAAGUAAAUGAUAUUAGACAUAUCCUGUAAAAUGUUAAACUACUAAUCUAAUGCGCGACUGCAUAUGUAUUUUACUUAUCUUUGGCUUUCACUUCUCACGACGAUUUUUUUCUAACGAAGAUUCAUAUCUUAUAUAUGAUAUAUGUAUGUACAGCGUUAGGCGUAUGCGCGAUAUAUGUAUGUGUGUACACACGCUACUUGCGGACCAUUUACUUGCUUGAAUCGACGCGUUUAAGCAACUGGGCUUUAAAAAUAAAUAGAAUGAGUCGCGAUAAAAGGGAAAGAGCCGAGCAGCUCGAUUACGUCACGAAUGGACACUAGAGCAGCGAUUGACUAUUAAUUCGCGAGUACCUACAAAGAGGAAUCUAUGAGAAAUCCGUAUACGAGUCGAAUUACCAUAUGUCUGAUAUUUUUCUCGGGCGUGGACCUAAAGAGUGAAGGCUCCUGUACAUUGUUUCGAAUGCAUUGCUGAGACGUUCAUCAGUUUUGGUCAGGUAUUCGCGAGUCGGUGGUAAGCGCGGUCACGACGGAAUGGCAACGGUGGAGCGGCGGAGCGUGAAUGCCUGCGAACGCACGAAUCUUUCGGACGUGAUACUUUCUGGCACCGAGCAUCUCUUGCCGGCCAAUCCUUAUCUCGUAUCUGGUAGACUUCUACGUGCGGAGUGGGUCGAUUCUUUGAAGUCACUUCUGACUCUCCUCCAGCACGUUCAAAGCGCUGCCACUUCAAUGUCUGUGCCUGCGCCCCUUCAAGCGUCUCGUUUGAAAUUAGAUGCAUGCCUCUCUAGUUAGUGUAUGCGGCUGGCGCGCAUAGAAAUACAAUGCCCACCCGCAUUGUUAAAACGAAAGCAACAUUCGAAUGCUCAGCGGUCCGAGUUUUGCUUUCCGGGGACGAGAGGGCAACCGCGGGCGGCCCUGCUUUCGCGGCGAAUGAGAGAGUGCUUUGAGUCGCGGAAUUGCUGGAACAAAUGUCGGCGUGAGACGGCGGGACUCCACCCGGUGAUUUGCAAACUCCGCUCUACGCGUUCUGCAUCGGGCUUUGAUAGCAACAUUGGAAUUGCUUUCUCUGCUCGUAGGGAUCCUUUGCAGUUAUAUUCUUUAAAGACGAUAACGCUUGAUGUUCCACUCUCGCGUUACGCUUUCUCAGCGAGAUAAUUCUUAAUCUUUCGAUAAACGAACUGAUAUUAUUUCCACUACUCCGCGUUACGUUAUCUUUUCCAUUCUUCUCCUCGAUUUCACUCUUUUUAUCUUCUUCGUUUCUCUCUUUCAUCUCUCGCUUUGAUGCAGAGAUCUAGGAUUAAAAGGAGUUUGUGAAUAAAUGUACCGGAAAUACGUGGGAAGGUUCCGUCGUAAAGGAGCCAGUUUAUGUACCGGCACUGCUGCUCCAGAUCGACUUCGUGUCCGUUCGUUGAAUAUCAAUCGCUAAUCGAUACAACGAAACCUCGCAUUCGCGUGUGUAUGUACAUUUACGCGUAAUUUCGUUUCGAGAGCCCUAAGACUGAUAACUUAAAUCACGUACAUAAUGUAAAUAAUAUACGUACACAUUUAAGGAUUUUAAUUGCGUCUCGAUGGAAGUUUUAAGCGCCUCUUAUCUUACUGGACGAUUACCGAGAUAUUUCUUCUAAUAAGCAGAUCACGUCUCUGUAGAUUUUUUAUCGCGUUACAAGUCCUCGUUCUCUUUUCUGUAUUCCUACUUGCCACUAAUAUUUAAUAAUUUUAUGUAUCUUUCAUUAUAUACUGGACUUACUAUAACACUUGUUAAAGUUUAUGUUAUGGCGCCUCUUACACUGUUUUUACCCUCUUUUAUCCGAAUUUUGCGUGGGUUGAAUAUUAUCCUAUUUUUACAGAGCGUAUUAGUCAUUAUAUAUUGUACACAUUUUACCAUUGUUGGUUGUUAUUAAUUAUGAUAUACUCCCCGUGUAAAAAUACAUAAGUUGCAGAUGUUCAUUACACUGGCUCGUACGUAUAUACAUACAUUUGGGUACCGCAUUGUAAAUACCAGUGAAUAAUUAUUACGUCUUUCGCAAUAAAAGUUACAGUAAUGAUUUUAA